UUGAACAGCUGAUUAGAUCAUUGUAGAGAAUGUCGAGUUUAUUGGUUUUACGUGCUUUAAGAAUUUGUAUAAAUAAAAAUCAUGGACGAAAUAUAUAUAGACUAAAUUUCGGAAGACAAUUGCCACAUUUGCAUAGGCCGAUAAAUUCAACUUCCUCAUAUCCUCAAGUACUGUCAACACACAGAUCAUUUGGGUCUACAACCGAAAGCAAGAAUGACACAAACGCAACUUUGGUGGAUAGCAACACAUAUGAGCGAGUUUGCUCUGAGACUCUAGACGCGCUAUGUGACUACUUUGAAGAACUCACAGAGAAUGCUCAAAAUUUAUCAUCUUGCGAUGUUACCUAUGGAGAUGGCGUACUCACUGUUAAAUUUGGUAAUGAGUAUGGCACCUAUGUUAUAAAUCGUCAGACACCUAACAAACAGAUUUGGCUCAGUUCUCCCACAAGUGGACCCAAACGUUAUGAUUUCGUAUCAACUGAAGGGCAGUGGGGUAGGUGGAUCUACAAACAUAGCGGCGAAUGUUUACAUGACCUUUUGCAAAGAGAAUUAAGGAAAAUAUUGACAGAACAAGACUUUGACUUUUCCCAACUUCCUUACGGGAAAUAAAUACUAAAACAACGAUGUA